UGUAGCCGGAGCGCAGUUGCGAGGGCGGUCGUGGAUGUGGACAGAGGGUCCGAGGCGCAUAUGCUCUCACAGCGCAGGAUCUCUGAGGAUUACAGCCGCCGCUAAAAGGACCCUCACUGCGCCUUUUGGAGCCUCCAAUUCACUGUGGAUAUACUGACACGAGAGGAAUAUAAAGAGGGGAUUACUUCAAGGGCAGAUCCUCCAUGAUCAUGGACGGGGUAAAGGCGUAUGUCGUCUGUUGGGGUAUUUUGGUGCUUCUUGUUGCAGUCACCUGUGGACUGUCACCACCCACCAUUGUGUCCAAUGAGGAGGAGUUCGUCCUGCACCCCAACUCUGUGUUCAACAUCAGCUGCACAGGCAAAAGAAACGUUGUCUGGGCCGAACCCCUGCCGACAAACACUUUUGUUUAUCCAGGAUACUACACUGCCACGCUCUUCAUUUACAACGCCACAGUAGAAAACACCGGCUACUACAUCUGUGUGUAUGAAAGCCAUGAGGGUGAAGUGGAGAGUGAGCCAGACGAAGACAACGAGGCAGGAAUAUAUGUCUUUGUGCCAGAUCUCCAGGCCCCAUUUGUUCCAGAGACCCCAGAAAAAGUGGAAGUCCCCAUGGACCCGACAGGAGUCCCCAUCUCCUGCCGCGUGUCUGACCCGUACACAGACGUCAUCCUCAGGAGCGUCCCCACUGGAGAGGAGAUGCUCGCCUACUACGACAACAAGAUGGGCUUCUUCGGGAACCUCUCUCCUGGGCAGUACCAGUGUGAAACCACGGUGAACGGCCAGACAGCCAGAAGUGUAGUUUACACUGUGAGAGUUGAAGCCCCUGCAGACAUGGAGGAUUUCACAGUGGAAGUAAAAGCCAGCGAGGAGAGCGUGAGGGCCGGGCAGCCUUUCAACAUCACCUGCAUCGCUCCCGCUGGGCUGGGCUUUCAGCAGCAGUGGCUCCAUCCCAAAAAACAGGCUGUGGGCGCAGUUCAGAUGAAACAGACGUCACCUGACCAGGUCAUCUACAUCCUCAGUAUCCCACAAGCCACUGCUCAGGACAGCGGCAGCUACGAGUGCUCCAUCACUCACGAAAACAGCGGGGAGGUCAGGGCGAGCAGCGUGGCCGUCACUGUCUUCGAGGACAAUUCUUUCGUGGCUCUGGACCACAGCGGAAUUCUGGUGACGGAGUUCGUCAGCCUCUUGGAGGAGACAGAGUUUACUAUUCUCAUCAAUGCCUACCCUUCCCCCAAAGUGAUGUGGCUGAAAGACAGCAAAGAAUUACCAGUGAACUACUAUGUCCUCACCAAGACAAGCCACAACGAAGGGAAUCGGUAUCAAAGCAUUCUGACAUUACGACAGCCUCUGGAGAAAGACAACGGCAACUAUACCAUCACAGUGCUGAGUGGCUCUCGCACUGCAAAGUUCUCCUUUAACCUCAAAGUGAAAGCUCCCACUGCGAUGAUGUUCCCUCCGUCCUCCGCCCCUGUGCUGCUGCCACAGAUAGAUGAGAUGGUGGUGCCCCUCCACACUCCUUUCACCUUGACCUGCCGCGGAGAGGCAAAGCUGGCCUGGGAGACGCCACUCAAUGUGCUGGGGCUGUCGCAGGAGGACAACAGCGGCCUGUUUGUCUCCACCAUCACUGUGGAUGGUGCCACCGCAGUGCACACUGGCUACUACACGUGCUUCUACAGCAGAAACACCACUGAGGACAUGGAUGACAGCAGCAUCUAUAUCUAUGUCCCAGAUCCAGACGUUCCCUUUGUGCCAUCACCGGUGCCCUUUGGUAACCACGUCCUGUCCGACCACGAGGAGAUGGAGAUCCAGUGCCGAGUGUCUGAUCCCACUGCUAACGUGACCCUGGUUAAUGUUGACACCCAGCAGCCUGUGUCUAGUGUUUAUGACAGCAAGAGGGGCGCUUUGGGGGUAUUCACUGCUGGAACCUACGUUUGUAAGGCCCUCAUAAACGGAGAGGAACACUACAGCGGGGAAUACAUCGUCCACGGCUGGACAGGUGGUGCCGAGCUACAUGUCGAGCUAACAGCCAAGCGGACUGCUCUGCUGGUGGGAGAAACCAUCGCAGUCACCUGUCUGGCCCGGGGAUCUGAGAUUCUGGAAGACCACUGGAAAUACCCUGGCAAACUGACUAAUCGUGCUUCAAAAACCGUGCAUGAAAACAAGAGGGAUCAGGAGAUCCUUUACACCCUGACGAUCCCGCAGGCUACGACCAAAGACAGCGGCAUCUAUUCUUGCUCCAUCACUGAUAUUAUUAGUAAUGAGAGCCAGACAAAGCAACUCGCUAUAAGAGUUUUUGGAAGUGAGUUUUUGUCCAUCAGGCCACAGUUUGGAGAAUAUGAGUCAGCAGAGUUGGAUGAGGUCCGGGAGUUCAGGGCCGAAAUCAACUCCUUCCCCACUGCUCACGUCACGUGGCACAAAGAUGGAGUCCCGCUCAGCGACGUGACGGCGGAGAUCUCCACCAGCCUGCGGCAGCUCAGCGAGACCAGCUACAUGAGCGUUCUCACCCUGAUCCGCGCCAAAGAGGAGGACAGCGGGAACUACACGAUCCGAGUGGAGAAUGGAAACCAAAGUCGGGACGUUAGCUUGAUCCUGGAGGUCAAAGUGCCUGCAGUCAUUGUGGAGCUGAUGGACAUCCACCACGGCUCAGCCACAGGCCAGUCUGUGGUGUGUAUUACACGAGGGCAGCCCACUCCUGUGGUGGAGUGGUUCAUCUGCAAGAACAUCAAACAUUGUGCCAAUGACUCGUCCUCCUGGGUGCCGCUCUCCACCAACUCCACCAAGAUCACGGUGGAGUCCCGAAUGGACGAGGACAACAACCUGGAGAGCCAGGUCAUGUUUGGUCACCUGGAGAACACGCUGGCGGUGCGCUGCCUGGCCAAGAACGAAAUGGCUGCCGUCAGCAGGGAGGUCAAACUGGUGUCCAACGGCCCUCACCCUGAGCUGACUGUAGCUGCUGCUGUGCUGGUGCUCCUGGUCAUUGUCAUCAUCUCACUCAUUGUCUUGGUCAUUAUUUGGAAACAGAAACCUCGAUAUGAGAUCCGUUGGAGGGUCAUAGAGUCUGUGAGCCCAGAUGGCCACGAGUACAUCUACGUGGAUCCCAUGCAGCUUCCCUACGACUCCAGAUGGGAGUUCCCCCGCGACAGACUCGUGCUCGGUCGUAUCCUGGGUUCUGGAGCCUUUGGGAAGGUAGUGGAGGGCACCGCCUACGGACUGAGCCGCUCCCAACCCGUCAUGAAGGUGGCAGUGAAAAUGCUGAAACCCACUGCACGCUCCAGUGAGAAACAAGCCCUGAUGUCUGAACUGAAGAUUAUGACUCAUCUCGGUCCUCAUCUCAACAUUGUUAACCUCCUGGGAGCAUGCACCAAGUCAGGCCCCAUCUACAUCAUCACAGAGUACUGCUUCUACGGGGACCUGGUCAACUACCUGCACAAGAACAGAGAGAGCUUCAUGGCCCUGAACCCGGAGAAAAGUAAAAAAGAGAUGGACAUCUUCGGGAUCAACCCUGCAGAUGAGAGCAGCAGGAGUUAUGUGAUCCUGUCCUUUGAGAGCAAAGCAGACUACAUGGACAUGAAGCAAGGGGAUAACACUCAGUACGUGCCCAUGCUGGAGAUGGGCAUGACCCCCAAAUACUCCGACAUCCAGUCAUCCAACUACGACCAACCACCCUCGCAGAAAGACUCGAGUGAGGGUGACAUGGACGACCUGUUGUCGGACGACAUGAACGAGGGCCUCACCACCACCGACCUGCUCAGCUUCACCUACCAGGUGGCCAAAGGCAUGGAGUUCCUGUCCUCCAAAAAUUGUGUGCAUCGAGACCUCGCAGCCAGGAAUGUCCUCCUCUCUCAGGGCAAGAUCGUGAAGAUCUGUGACUUCGGACUGGCCAGAGACAUCAUGCAUGACAACAACUAUGUCUCCAAAGGCAGCACUUUUCUGCCCGUGAAGUGGAUGGCACCAGAGAGUAUUUUUGACAACCUCUACACGUCCCUCAGCGAUGUUUGGUCCUACGGCAUCCUCCUCUGGGAGAUAUUCUCCUUAGGUGGCACCCCUUACCCGGGGAUGGUCGUGGAUUCCAGCUUCUACAACAAGAUCAAGAGUGGAUACAGGAUGUCCAAGCCUGAACAUGCGCCUCAUGACGUGUAUGAAAUGAUGAUGAAGUGCUGGAACAGCGAGCCAGAGAAGAGGCCUACUUUCCUGGGUCUGAGUGACAGUGUAGCGUCUUUGCUGCCCUGCAGCUACAAGCGGCAUUAUGAGAGGGUAAACCAGGAGUUCCUGAAGAGUGACCACCCCGCCGUGACUCGGGUGUGUGUUGAGAACGACGACGCCUACAUCGGCAUCACCUACAAGAACCAGGGCAAGCUGAAGGACCGGGAGAGUGGCUUCGACGAGCAGCGGCUGAGCUCCGACAGCGGCUACAUUAUUCCUCUCCCCGACCUGGACCCUAUAUCUGAUGAUGAAUAUGGAAAGAGGAACAGACACAGCUCUCAGACAUCCGAGGAGAGCGCCAUUGAGACCGGCUCCAGCAGCUCCACUUUUAAUAAGCGGGAGGGCGAGACCCUGGAGGACAUCACGCUGCUGGACGAGAUGUGUCUGGACUGUAGUGACCUGGUAGAGGACAGCUUUCUGUGACAAAUGACCCGUCUGCCGAGCGGGAGCAGCAAGUGGAAGGGGUGUCCGGACCUAAGGUACUAGAGAAAGACUUGCACAUCAGCCAAAGACUCUGCCAUCUACCGUCGGGCCCCCACCACUCCUCCUCCUUGAACAAAACCAAAUCACUCUCUGGAUGCGUCUGUGGGGAUCGUAUUGUACGCCCUUUACUUCUCCCUGGACAUUGCCCCCUGUUGGGCCGGAGGAGUGAGUGAAUAUUGAGGAAAUCGUGACAUCAAGGACUCUAAAGCACCACAGCCACUGAGGCUGUGAGUUGGACAUAUUGAGAUGAAGCAAAUAAAAAAGAUUGUCUUUUUUCAUUUGCAGGGCUUUAUUCUAUCGGGCAUUCUCCUAACAGCAACAUAAGCAAGAAGGGACAAAUCAAAUGCGUUGGUCAGCAACUCUAAAUGAGCAAACACCACAGGAUAUCAUUCAUAUGAUAUGAUAUAUAUAUUUAACCACUACAGAUGCACUAUUUAAACUAGAUGAGUCCAAAACUAGCAACAGCAAUGGCAGGUAAACUCAACCCACCCUCACCUGCCACGAGAGAAGCACCUGAUGCUGGUACAAUCAGUAGCAAUACUUGGAUUUAUAAGCACAAAAUCUGGACUACGUGCAUUUGUUGUUUAUGACCAUAUAAUGUUUUCAGUGGUUAAAUACUUUUAUUUUUUUACAUCAUUUUUAUGUACACAUGUAUUAUUUGUGAAUACCGAGUAGAUAUUGACCAUAGCUGUUGGACUGGUUAUGAAAAAAAGGAGCCUUUGAGUUGCAUGGAUCUUUGCGGAGUCUCACCUGUUUGUCCAAAUCCAACCGAACGUUCUCAAGCCCCGUCCCUGACACGUGGGCUUUGAGAAACAAAGUGUGAUUGUAUUGUAAAUAUCUCCAGAGUUGUUUUAUAAGAGAGAAUUAUUGGGAUAGUGCUCCAGUAUUUUAUAUAAGCGCAUUUUAAGCUUCUGAACCCUUAUCCGCCCUUUAGAUGAAUACAUUUCAACAAAGGAAAUACAACAACGUUUCCUAAUUAAAGACAUUUGCCAUCGUGGACAGCACAGAGUCAUAUAGAAAACAUUUGUGGAUUAGAAAGUUUCAAAAUAAAUAUUCACAUUUCCUCAUGUGUGUAUGUCAGCAGUUUAGACAAUAUAAAUAUGGAAAGCAUAAAAAUAAAACCCCAAAAAUAUUUUUUAUCCUACAGCUGUGUUUUUCCAGCAGGUCCUGUGGUCCAGUCUCAUGUGUUAUCUAUUGUCUAUUAGCAGGUUCUAGUUAUACUAAGACACUAGAUGAACUAGAGAUCCAUGUUGAUCUGAUGUCAUACAUCAGUUAUGUGUAGACUCUUUGUAAUCGUCUGUAUCUUCCAGCUACUGUACCAGCUAUGCCACUGCCACUCUGUUGACUGUGAUAUAAUCUGCAAUUGUUGUUGCACUUUUUCUCUUUGUUUUUUUUUUUUUGCUCCAUCUUGUUUUGGAAGCUGCAGACAAGUUAGCAAAAAGAGCCUGGGCUUUGGCUUCAGAUGUUUAAAGCAGCGUGGAUGUGAAUGUUUGUGCUGCAGGUGAUUGAUUUGUUUUUUGUUGACGGUACAGCAUCUGUAAUUAUAGCUAAUCACACCUUGUAUGAUUCAGUACUAUGUCUCAUUAUUUUACAUCAUGUACAUUCAGAUGAUUUAUAUUUCAAUAAAUGAUUUAUAAUGUAAAAACAAAAA